CCAGACUCUAUAACCUAUAUAGACUUUGGUAACAAAUUCGACAAACCUUUAGGUGUAAAUGUUUUACCAGUAAACCUAAAGACCCUUUAUCUGGGUGACCAUUUCAACCAUCCAAUUCAAGUGGGCGUAUUACCACCCCACCUAAAAAAAGCUGUAUUUGGAAGGAAAUUUAACCAAGAAAUUAUUGAAGAGUAUAUUCCACAAAGUUGCAAGCUAUUAGAAUUUAAAAAC